GUCACUGUGUUGGCGUCCGGCCCUGACACUCCAUUCACUGCCUCAGGCCAGGUGCACCCCGGGUCGAUAAAUGCCAGGCGGAUGGAUUUGGCCGAUGCUGCGCACCUCGCAAUUCCUCAUAUCGUAUUAGCCUCAAAGGACGAGCCAGCCGAUGCGGUCAAAGGAUAUGCAGAGACAAUCACAAAUAAUGAGAAUGGAGGACUCGUUAAAACAUACUCCAGCAUGUGGCACGGAUGGAUGGGUGCUCGUGCGAACUUGGAUCAGGAGGAGAGUCGAGCUGAGUACACACGGGAGCAAGCACUCUCCAUCUUGCUUUACACUCUCACUGAAUACUAA